AUGGCCCCGGCGGUCUGCGGGACGCUCCUGGGCCUGGCGUUGUACGCCGGCAGCCUGCGUGUGGCGAGUGGCGCCGCUUUCCUCUACCACGACUACUGCGUCAUUGGGGCCGGCCCCUCGGGCUUGCAGGCGGCCUAUUUCCUCCAGCAAGCCAGCCGGGACUAUGUUGUCUUCGAGCGGAGCCACGCUCCCGGCAGCUUCUUCGCCCUCUACCCUCGCCACCGCAAGCUCAUCAGCAUCAACAAGCGGUACACGGGCAAAUCCAACGGCGAGUUCAACCUCCGCCACGACUGGAACUCGCUCCUCAGCCACGACCGCCAGCUGCUCUUCCAGCGCUACUCCCGCGACUUCUUCCCCAACGCUGACGCGAUGGUGCGUUACCUGGAGGAUUUUGCUUCCCUGCUGAAGCUGCGGGUUCAGUACAACACGGCCAUCGUCCAUGUGACGCUGGAGAGGGAUGGGCAGGCCUGGAACGGCCACUACUUCCUCCUGACCGACCAGGACAGGCAGAACUACAAGUGCAGCUCUUUGUUAGUUGCCACUGGGAUGUGGGUCCCCAACGUGGUGAACUUUCCUGGCUCAGAAUACGUUGAGGGUUACGAGACUGUGUCCAUCAACCCAGAGGAUUUUGCUGGCCAAACCGUAUUGAUCUUGGGCCGAGGGAACUCAGCCUUUGAGACGGCGGAGAACAUUCUGGGCGUCACGAAUUUCAUCCACAUGGUGAGCCGGUCCCGUGUGCGCCUCUCAUGGGCCACUCACUACGUCGGCGAUCUGAGAGCAAUUAACAAUGGCCUGCUGGACACGUACCAGCUGAAAUCUCUGGAUGGGCUUCUGGAGGGCGACCUGGAAGAUCUGGCUAUUGUCAAGGACAAGAAAGGGAAGCUGCACAUCACGCUCCGGUUCUACCUGGAUAACAGGAACACCAGCGCAGGCAUUGACUCCAUCACCCUCCCGCAGGAUGAACUGGAUAAUUUUGCCACCCGUGCACCUUACGACCGUGUCAUCCGCUGCCUGGGCUGGAAGUUUGACUUCUCUAUCUACAACAGAUCCCUUAGAAUGAUGCCAGGAAAAGGGAAUAAAAAGAAGUAUCCUCAGAUCAAACCUAGUUACGAGUCCAGAGGCACUCGGGGGCUCUUUGUUCUUGGCACUGCUAGCCAUUCUGUUGACUUCAGGAAAUCUGCUGGGGGCUUUAUCCAUGGAUUCCGGUAUACAACUCGUGCAGUCCACCGCUUAUUGGAAAAUCGUCACCAUGGUGUCCCCUGGCCAUCCACAGUCUACCCUAUUACACAGCUGACCAAUUCCAUCAUCAAGCGGGUGAACGAGGCCUCGGGCCUCUACCAGAUGUUCAGUGUCCUGGCUGACAUCAUACUGCUGAGAGAGAACGCCACAGCAUUUGAAUACCUGGAAGAAUACCCGGUCGGAGUCCUCGCCGAGCUGGAAAUGCAGACGGGGAGAAAGGCUCCCAAUGGGCUGUUUGUCAUCAUCAUGGAGUAUGGAAGGAAUUUCUCUGGGGCUGACAAGGAUGUCUUCUACUACAACCGAGCCGUGGGAGAGGCACAGCAUGCCUGGCAGUCCAACUUUUUGCACCCUGUUAUUUACUAUUACAAACGGCUCCCGACAGAGCACGAGAUGAGACUUCGGCCCCCAGAUUGGCCUCUCCCUCGCCCAGAUGCUGUCCAUCACAUUGUGGAGGACUUUCUGACAGACUGGACGGCCCCGAAUGCUCACAUCCUGCCGCUGAGGCGGUUUUUGGAGAACUGCCUCAGCACUGACCUGCGCAAUUUCUUUGCAGAGUCCUGUUUCCUGUUUGCCUUCACGCGUCAGAAGCUGCCUCCCUUCUGUCAGCAGGGGUACGUGAGAAUGCAAGGGCUUGUGGGGAGCGAGGGGCUCCGGCGCCACGCAGUAGAGGCUGGCCUGCUGGAGGAUUACACUCUCGCAGACUUUUUGGGCGACAGACCCCCUGACAGCCGCGAAGGGUCACAGGACCAGCUGCUGAGAGAUCACGCGAUACCCGUUCGUCCGCUGCAGCAUCUUGUUAAUGCCAAGGAUGAGCUUUAA